ACAGGUGAAGACAGGAUACAUCAAGUUUUGCCCCUCUCGUCAUGCAUGCAAUGAAUUGUGGCUUGUGCCGCGUGUGACGUCCUAGUCUAGUCAAGCAUGGCGCGUCCAUCCACCCGAACCCACUACCUCUGCUAAAGACCCGUCCGUCCCUUGGUCGUGGUAGCCAGCACCAUGAGGAAAACCUCACUUCUUCCCAGUAUCUUAAGCAGAUUACUCCAAGAAGCCUCAUUACGGCUCUUCUUACUGAUCCUAUUCAUAUAUCUCGAGUACCAGGAGCCCUUCCAUAGGGUCAUCCACCAGGAGGAGGCCUAUCUCUAUUCUAACCCCACAACCAUUAGUUUCUUUCCCGUUGUUUAUCUCUGGCUGGUUGUGGUAUUUGUACCCGCGUUGACUAUCCUAUGCGUUCAAAUCUUCCAUCGGAUUGACAUUCUGGACUUGUUGAGUGCGGUUUUAUGUGUCAGUCUUGUUUUGCUUUUGAAUGGCGUGCUCACUAAUAUCAUCAAAUUGAGUGUGGGUCGGCCCAGACCGGAUUUUAUGAGCCGAUGUUGGCCCGAUGGGAACGUGCCUCCCAGCACAUUUGAUGAUCCUUUCAAUCAACAUUUCGAGUGUACUGGGAAUCUGGCCAAGAUCCUGGAUGGCCGGAAGAGUUUUCCGAGUGGUCACUCCUCAUUUGCCUUCGCCACUUUUGGAUUUGUGUUCUUUUACGUGUCCGGAAAACUCCGGACGUUUGCCCGAGAUCCGAGUCUUUUCUUCCAAUCUCAUCGCUUUCUAAUCAGUAUUUUCACGUUAAUAAUGCCGUUGGCCAUAGCCGUGUCUAGGACUUGUGAUUAUCAUCAUCAUUGGCAAGAUGUGGUGGUAGGAUCCCUUUUGGGCUUUGGUUUGGCUGGCCUUGUAUAUGGUUUGUAUUUCCCAUCUUUGACUUCUCGCCAUUGUGAUCAAUGCCUGGUUACCACGGCAUUGACAUCUUCAAACCAAUAUGAGCAUGGCUCAGUUGAUGCCAAAGGGGACAAUGGAAGGGGCGGAAGUCACAGAUUUUUACGUCAAUCCCUCAACGACGACGAUGUUGAAGCCAGUUUGAACUCGAACUCUCCGCGCUUUAAGCCAUUUCAACGCGAUGUGAAACUCAUCUAAUGCUAUGGUUUACUUUACUCCUAGUCAAGGUUUUCUCAUUUAGUGACAGAGGAUUGUGAUUUUCUUAAUAAGAAAAAAUGAUGCAACAAAUCCAAGCAAAAUAUUUCAAUCAAGGAGCUUUCACUUCUGUUAUAGACUACGAAACUAUGCGUGUGAAAUCUGAGCAGAAAAUGAUACCCCCUUUUCUACCGACAUUUAGUCUUUUUCUUGUUCAUUUGUUUAUAGCAAAAACAAAACACGACUUGCAAUUAUCAAUUUGAAGUUCCUAUUGAGGAAUAAAAUCCCUCCUUUUCAUUCAUAAAAAUGUAUUAUCCUUGCUCGCUGAAAUAUACAACUUUCACAAUUA